AGGAUUUGAUAUGAGGGGAAAAGAAGAUUCACAGCAUCUCUCUCCUUUGAGGUUUGUCUUCUUGUUCUCUAUAUAUUCGUCCCUCCAUUCGUCACUUCACCCGCACGAACUACAUCGUACAAAGACCACUCUGUAAUCUACGCACAGAGAGAGAGAGAGAGAGUUCUGUUGGGUCUUGUUCUUUUUGGGUGGUGGUGGUGGAUUUAAAUGCCUUUCAGUUGCCCAAGAAUUGGUGGAAACCUCCCACAAGUUGUGCUGCGACAGAGGAGAUGUGUUGAGUCCACGUCCAACCAUGUAGCCAGAUUCAUCUCCUCCUUCUCUCAAAGCCACGACCCACGAUUCUACUCACCCAAGAACAGGUCACAUGUGCUUAAGAUUGCUUCUCCAUCCAAUUUCAGCACGAGCCCAUCACACCCUUUGAUGGAGGACCCCGAAAGGUUGAGUCUUGCCUCUUUAGAUGGCGAAGCAGGGGGGGAGAGGUACUCCAGAGAGCUGGAUGUUGCUGUGAGGGCCGUGCAGAUAGCGUGUUGGAUUUGCCAGAAAGUGCAAGACACUCUAGUCUUUAAGACCAACGACAACAACAGUAGUGGCAGCAAUGAUAAGCAAGUUCACUCCAAGGAUGAUAAUUCUCCGGUCACUAUUGCUGACUGGAGUGUGCAAGCUACAAUAAGUUGGUUGUUAUCUGAGUCUUUUGGAAUUAGCAAUGUCUCGAUUGUCGCCGAAGAGGAUGUACAUGCUCUCUCCAAGGCUGAUGGAGCAGGCUUGUUGAAAGCAGUUGUGGAAACAGUCAAUGAUGCCCUAUCUGAGGCACCCCGAUUUGGGCUUAUGUGUCCUCGAGAGAACCUCAGCCCUAAGGAAGUUCUUGAGGCUAUUGGCCGUUGCAACUCCACUGGCAGGCUAAAUCGAAAGUUUUGGGCGCUAGACCCUGUUGAUGGUACACUGGGGUUUGUGCGUGGUGAUCAGUAUGCUGUUGCUCUUUCACUGAUAGAAGAUGGGAAAGUGAUCCUUGGAGUUCUUGGCUGCCCCAAUUACCCAAUGAAGAAGGAGUGGCUAAGCUAUCACCAUCGCUACCAUAGGAUUAUCACCAAAUUGACCCCACCGGCAUCAGAAUCUUGGGACCGGGGUUGCAUACUUUAUGCCAGGGAAGGCAGUGGCGAGGCCUGGAUGCAGCCAUUGCUCCAUAAGAAUAAGAGGUUAGAGUGGCCAAACGCUGCAGUGCCCGUUCGUGUUUCUUCCAUUGAUAAUCCAGCAUUAGCAACUUUCUGCGAACCAGUUGAGAAGGCAAAUUCAAGUCAUUCCUUCACAGCUGGACUAGCUCAUUGCGUCGGGCUUAGAAAGCAGCCAUUACGUGUGUACAGCAUGGUCAAAUAUGCAGCCAUAGCUCGUGGAGAUGCUGAGAUCUUCAUGAAGUUCGCAAGGGCAGGUUACAAGGAGAAAAUAUGGGACCACGCUGCCGGUGUCGUUAUAGUACAAGAGGCUGGUGGCGUCGUGACGGACGCAAGGGGACGUCCCCUUGAUUUUUCAAAGGGUAUUUAUUUGGAAGGUCUGGAUCGAGGUAUAAUCGCCUGUUCCGGAGCCAAACUGCAUGAAAGGAUCAUUAAGGCUGUAGAUGCUAGUUGGAACUCCUCUUGUCUGUAAAACAAACAGUAUGCAUAUAUGGCAAUAAGUACAGCUUAAUGUUAUUCUUGAA